GCGACCAUCUCCCACGCCGCGCCGCCCUGCCUCCCUUCACCGCCUGCUCCCUGGCCGCCCCGCCCUCCCUCACUGACUCACCGUCCCCCUCGCUGGCCUCUGGCCUCCCUCUGCUGCUUGUUAUUCGAGACCAGGCCAGAGGCGUCGGGUCACCUCUCGGCGGCGGGGCUUCUGGGUCGUCUCGGCGGUGUGCGGAGCAAGCCUCCCACCUCGGGCCUUGCAAGCAGCGGUGUUGGACGAAGGCGGCGGCCGGAGCUCGGACGCCGAGGGGGCGGUGAUUUGAGGCGACUGGAAGUAGCGGACGGGCUGCGCCAACACCACCACCACCACCAGCAGCAGCAGGACCUCCUCCACCACUUUGAUCCAGACUUCCUGGUCGAGGUCCUGUUGUUCCACCGUCCAAGAAUUGGUAUCGCAAAUGGAGGAAGAGCCUACAGAGGCACCACUUUACAUCCAUAUCGAGACUAAUGUUUUUUCAUACAGAAGGCACAAGCGGCAGAAGGAGGAGGACAUAGCUGUAUGCGAGUGCCAGUAUGAUUUGAUGGAUCCAGAUAGUGCAUGUGGAGAGAGGUGCUGGAAUGUCUCGACUAACACAGAGUGCACUCCUGGCUAUUGCCGCUGUGGUGUAUAUUGCAAGAACCAGCGAUUUCAGAAAAGUCAAUAUGCUAGGACAAGGCUGGUAAAAACUGAAGGGCGUGGAUGGGGUCUUUUGGCUGAUGAAAAUAUUACAGCUGGACAAUUUGUUAUUGAAUAUUGUGGAGAAGUAAUAUCAUGGAAGGAAGCCAAGCGGAGAUCUCAAGCAUAUGAAGACCAGGGUUUAACGGAGUCUUAUAUUAUUUACCUCAAUGCUGAUGAGUCUAUUGAUGCAACAAAGAAAGGGAGUCUGGCCAGAUUUAUCAACCAUUCGUGCCAGCCGAACUGUGAAACAAGAAAAUGGACUGUCCUCGGGGAAGUGAGAGUUGGCAUUUUUGCAAAGCAAGAUAUUCCUAUUGGAACGGAAUUAUCCUAUGACUAUAAUUUUGAGUGGUUUGGUGGUGUGAUGGUGCGGUGCCUCUGUGGAGCUACCGGAUGUUCAGGGUUUCUUGGGGCAAAAUCACGUGGUUUCCAGGAGGCCACAUACCUGUGGGAAGAUGAUGAUGACAGGUUUUCUGUUGAAAAUAUCCCUCUUUAUGACUCUACCGAUGACGAACAUACAAGCAUUCCGAAGGACACCAUUCCAGCAAAAGAUGAGCCAGUCACCCAAGAAAAUAACAGCAAUGUAGCGCAUACCACUGAGAAUCCUGAGAUUGCAAGCUCAAAUGAAUUCACGCCAUUGAGUGUUGAACCAUUGAUGGCAAGCUCAGAUGAACUCACACCAAUGACUAUUGAACCACUGAUAGCUGUUCCAGUGGGAGUUGAUAUUAUGGAGAAUGGAUUGACCGAAUAUGGUGCACAAUAUUCUGAUGACACUACACAAAAUUCAAUGCAUAAAGUUGCGAAGCUUGAGAAUCAAAGUUCUCCCCAGAACAACAACCAUCAUACCGAAUUGGUCCUGGUGAGACCCACACCCAAAUUUCGUGGUGGCAAAGCUAAACGUGGUCUGCGCAAGCAAUUGAAUGUUGCAGAUAUUUGUGACCGGUUAGCAUCAGCUGCGGCACGCCAGGAAAUAUUGUUCUGUGAGGAAGUGAAGAAGCAGGCGACUGCCGAAAUCGAUGCCCUGUAUGACGAGAUAAGGCCAGCGAUUGAAGAACAUGAGAGGGACAGCCAAGACAAUGUAUCAACAAGCCUUGCAGAGCAGUGGAUCGAGGCCAGCUGCUGCAAGUACAAAGCUGAGUUUGAUCUAUCUGCUGCGAUUAUCAAGAACUUGGCUUCAACGCCUCUGAGAGCAAAAGAAGAUGUGAACCCAAGAGAACAAAAUGGAGUGUUAUACCUGCAAAACGGUCCAUGAUUCAGCUAAAAGGCGCGGGUUCGCAAUCAAUCUUCGCAAAAUCGCCAGUUCUUAGAAACUCUCAUACUUCAUAGUAUGUAGGAGUAGAUUUGAAGCGUUGUAAGGCGGCAUUCUUCUCAAUGCACAUCCCACGGUCUGAUUAAUUGAUGGUGUAAGGCAUCACCUAUUUUUCUUACAUCAUACUCCCUUCGUUCGAAAGAGCUUGUCCCUCAAAUGGAUGUAUCUAGCACUAACUUGGUGUUAGAUAUAUCCAUUUGAGGGACAAGUUUUUGCGGACGGAAGGAGUAUUCGAGUAUCUGACUUUGAAUGUUUGUUCAUGUAGCUUGCGGGCGUAUAGGUUCAA